AACAGGUAAUUGCACUUGUAAAAUAGGUAGAGUAGAUGUAAUAAAUAAAAUGUAAACAAAGUUAUACUUAAGGUGUAUAUUGCAUCAAGGAUAUAUUGCACAGAUAGAGGUAUUGUGCGUUUUGCUGCAAUGAUUUUUCAUUCACGUUAUCAUUGUGGGAAUAUCUUUUGUGCCCUUUUGUCCAGUCCGGUGCUCCAGCGCAAUAAAACCCGUGGGAGGCUUCUGAAUUGAUUAUCCUCUCUCUCGGUAUUGGCUAGUUUUUGGAUAACCGGCAGCGCAUGAAUGCAGCGCGGUCAAAAGUCACCCAAAGGUUGCUUAGGGUCACUUCCAAUGAAAAGACGAGGGGGGUUGCUGCUUCUCAUCGCCUCGGAGCUGCAACAGGACAAAGAUGAGUCGCACACUAUUGAAACUGUGGCGCUUUUACGCCUUCCCACCUGACCGUGGCAUCUCUGAGCUCCGUGUGAAUGAGCGACGGCGCUUAAAUUGACCGACGUCUAGACAAGAAAGGACGUAAACAACAUGUUUCUGCUGCUAGACAUGACGCGACACGCCCAGUGUUUGGGUUUCACGCUUUUGCGCUCCAGGCACAAUUUGGUUUGCGCAAGAAAAAGUAGCGUCUGUAGAAAUGUGUACUGCUUAAAAAAACAUCUGGAAAUGUAAUUACAACUACAACAGCUCUCAGCUCAUUACCUUAUUUAUGAAUGACACCUCUAUAAUAAACCCUGUCUGGACGCAUUUAACGUUGGAUUUCUCACCGGAAUGUGCGCACGGUUGUUGGGACAGCUUGCCACCACCAAUUUGUCUUUGAUGUGUUUCUUUUUUUUCUUUUUUUUUUUUUUUUUACAAUGUUUGUCCAGUUGCUUAGCUCAUGGUGCUGCUUCAUAAGAGUUGCAGACACUGGCCGACCAUGGGGGCGGUCAGAGAGGGCUGCCCUUUCCACCUCCAUUCACACUCUGAAAGGCUGAUGUUGCGUCUCUCUCCCGCAUUGUGCAGUUUCCUUUCGCUUAUUUCGCUGUUCGGGGAGACCUGAAUGAGAGUUUGUUGCAUUGUUGCAAGAGUUUUUGGUUAUCAAGGCAAAUAUUUCAUGCAAACAGCAUUUUUACACGCGUUUUUUUUUUUGUCUGGGAUAUAUUUUGCGCAUGGACACUCGUCUUGAUCUUUGGGAUUAGCUAUCUCCUCUCUGCGCAAACCUGCUAACUGUUCUCCACAAUGUUUACGUGCAAAACGGACGACCACGUUUAAAAAAAAAAAAAAAACAUUAGACUUGAAACCUAAUUUGAAGAGCUUAAAGGAGGAAUGGAUUUACUCGGUGGGCGACUCAUGCAAAAGCGCAAUAAUGUAUAAAAUACAACUUUUGGAGGAUGGAUGUUUAAAGGAUGAAAGUUGGCAUAAUGCACCCAACUCCAAUACAUUAGGAUGGAUACGUGCGUAUUUGUUGAUGCUCUUGCUUUGCGAAUUACCCGAACUUUCUUUGUGUGCAAGUGUGGCAGGAUCCAAAGUUGAACACGAAGGAUUUUGUCCCAACAAGCUGAAUUCCAACCUCUGGGUCGAUGCGCAAAGCACCUGCGAGAGAGAAUGCAACGUCGAUGAGGACUGUGCAGACUUUGAGAAAUGCUGCACCAACGUGUGUGGUCUCAACAGCUGUGUGGCUGCUCGUUUCUCUGAUGGCACCUCUGCCCAGCCAGAUGGGCAGGCUGCUGGAGGAGGAAGUGAUGCCCCCGCCUCCAGUGCUACCUGUGAGGGCUUCAUCUGCAGCCAGCAGGGAGCAACCUGUGACAUCUGGGACGGACAGCCCAUCUGCAAGUGCCAGGACCGCUGUGAGAAAGAGCCCAACUUCACCUGUGCCUCAGAUGGCCUCACCUACUUCAACCGCUGCUACAUGGACGGAGAGGCCUGCAUCCGUGGGGUGACCAUAAACGUGGUCGCUUGCCGCUUUUACCUGGCCGGGCCCCACACCAGUCCGCUGCCUCAGGACACUACGGCUAACCCCACCCCGACAUCCUCCCAGGAAGACCCGAUGCCCCCCACGCUGUACUCCAACCCUCACCACAAGUCCAUUUAUGUCGGGGGCACGGUCAGCUUCCACUGUGAUGUCAUUGGAGCCCCCAGACCUGAUGUAACAUGGGAGAAACAGAGCAAUCGGCGUGAGCGUCUGGUCAUGAGGCCCGACCAGAUGUACGGCAACGUGGUCAUCACCAACAUCGGUCAGCUUGUCAUUUACAACGCCCAGGUGUGGGAUACAGGUAUUUACACCUGCAUCGCACGCAAUUCCGCAGGAGUUCUUCGUGCGGACUACCCGCUGUCUGUCAUCCGCCGGUCAGACGAUGAUUUCUCCGAAGAUCCCGAGAUGUUCAUGGGGAGGCCGUUCUCACCAGCGGACUGCCUGGCUGAAGUAGACCUAAGAGUGUGCAGCGGUGAGCGUCACGUGGACUGGUAUUAUGACGGCAAGCUGGGUUCCUGCAUGGCCUUCAGCAACGGCGGAUGCGACGACAGCCGCAACCGAUUUGAGUCUUAUGAGGAGUGCAAGGCGUCCUGUCAGAGAGAGGGGAUGGGCUUCUGCUCCCUGCCUGCUGUCCAGGGACCCUGCAAAUCUUGGGAGCCACGUUGGGCCUGGAAUUCCCUCUUGAAGCAGUGCCAGGCCUUCGUCUAUGGUGGCUGCCACGGGAAUGCCAACAGCUUCCGCACCAAGAAGGAGUGUGAGGCGAACUGCCCGCAGCCCAAAAGGAGACCUUGUAAGACCUGUCGGGUGAAGGGGAAAAUGGUGCCCAGCUUAUGCCGGAGUGACUUUGCUAUUGUGGGGCGGCUGACAGAGCUGGUGGAGGAUCUGGACUCUGGGUUAGCCCGCUUUAGCUUGGAGGAGGUCCUGAGAGAUGAGAAGAUGGGAUUGACUUUCUUCAAUACCAAGCACCUAGAGGUGACUAUCGCCAAGAUAGACUGGAGCUGUCCCUGUCCCAACAUCACCAUGGAGGAAAACCCUUUGCUGGUGAUGGGCGUUGUGCAGGAUGGCAUGGCCAUCAUUCAAUCAGACAGCUAUGUCAGAGCCAUAACUGAACGAAGACUCAAGAGGCUACGUGAGGUUCUGAAUAAAAAAAGCUGUGAGGUAUUGUAGAAGUCCCGGGACUUCUGUGGUCACCUUAACCUUUAGCACUGAAGAUGAGCAUCAGGAUUGCAACAAGAAAAGCUGAUAUUUAAUAACAACUUAAAUCAAAAGACCCAAAUAUGUUGUGUUAAUGAAAUUAUGAGAAAUAUUUUGUAUGUACAAUGUAUAUUCAUUACAACACAGGUUGUACUACAUUCCAGACGUGUUGUGAGUCCGUUAAUACCAAUGCUGAAAUGUUCUUUUUAAAUAAGUUAAAGUGGCAGUAGGCAGAAUAUUUUUGGCAUCAUUGGGCAACAAUUCCAUGAUAACCUUUCAGCAUAUUGUAAUUCAAGUGUUCUGAGAGAAAACUAGACUU